AAGCGAGAAUGAGGUAUUGAACCAGGAAGCUGCCCCAGCAAAAUGGCGAUGGGACCGAAAGAUCGCAAUCGAAACGCCCAGAGUAAAAAUUUUGGGGGAAUGAUUGGAUCUAUUCUUCAGGGAGUCUUAGCCACACCUAAACUUGUUGUUGAUAAAAAGACUAUCGAAAAGUCAUGGAAAUUAAUGGACAAAGUUGUGAAAUUGUGUCAACAUCCAAGAAUGAAUUUGAGAAACAGUCCUCCUUUUAUUUUGGACCUACUGCCAGACACUUAUCAACAUCUCCGUUUAAUUUACAAUAAACAUGACGAUAAAUUAAAUACUUUGAAUGAAAAUGACUACUUCCGGGUGUUUAUAGAGAAUCUUAUGAAUAAGUGUAAAGCCACGAUAAAACUUUUCAAAGAAGGCAAGGAAAAAAUGUUUGACGAAAAUUCUCACUACAGACGAAAUUUAACUAAGUUAUCUCUAGUGUUUUCUCACAUGCUUGCAGAGCUUAAAGCAAUAUAUCCAAAUGGACAGUUUGCAGGUGACAAUUUUCGCAUAACAAAAAGUGAUGCAGCAGAGUGGUGGAGAAAGUCAUUUGGGGAUCGAACCAUUGUGUCGUGGAAGGUGUUUCGGCAGACUUUGCAGGAGACACACCCAAUCAGCUCUCCACUAGAGGCCAUGGCAUUGAAAUCCACUAUUGAUUUAACCUGUAAUGACUACAUCUCAGUGUUCGACUUUGAUGUAUUUACCAGACUUUUCCAGCCCUGGGUGAACUUGUUACGAAAUUGGAAUGUUUUGGCAGUCACGCACCCUGGUUAUGUAGCAUUUCUAACAUACGACGAAGUCAAAGCCAGACUUCAGAAGUAUGUAAAUAAACCAGGAAGUUAUGUCUUUCGCCUGAGCUGUACGAGACUAGGGCAAUGGGCCAUUGGGUAUGUCACAGCAGAGGGCCAAAUAUUACAGACCAUUCCUCAAAACAAGUCCCUGUGUCAGGCCCUUCUAGAUGGGCAAAGGGAGGGGUUCUUCAAAUUCCCUGAUGGACGCUCCAUAAAUCCGGACCUGAGUUUCUUGGUACAGGAUUGUGAGGAGGACCACAUCAAAGUCACCCAGGAGCAGUAUGAACUUUACUGUGAGAUGGGUUCAACCUUCCAGCUUUGCAAAAUAUGUGCAGAGAAUGAUAAAGAUAUCCGCAUAGAGCCCUGUGGCCAUCUUCUAUGUACACCAUGCCUAACACAGUGGCAGGACUCUGACGGACAAGGAUGUCCAUUUUGUCGAUGUGAAAUUAAAGGAACCGAGCAGGUUGUUGUAGACCCCUUCAACCAACAACAUGAAAGGAGACAAACUCAUGAAGAGCCCAAGAAAAAGCGAUGUUCACGUCACAUGUUUGAAGACGACAAUGGGGAAGAUGACUUUGAUGGUCUGGGAUGUUCAUUGUGCCGAGCAGAAAUUAAGGCGAAAGAGUCUGUGGAAGUAGACCACCACUUCAGUUCACAGAUGACCUCCAGAUCGGACUCCUCCAAGGCUCAUACCAAUAAUACCCCUACCACCCAUGAGGAACAUGAUGACUCAGAUUCAAGAGAGUCCCCCACAAUUCCAAAAAGAGAUUUACCCCCACCAGUCCCUCCCAGAAGGUCAUCACCAGUGCCAUCACCUAGUGUCUCGCCAACUUCAUCCCCCAAACCUCCAAGUCGUAGACAAUUACCACCAACACCCCCUGUUGAUCCAUCUCAGAUUCCACAGCCAGUGUCAAAGGCUAUCUGUACAGACGUGGUAGAUGGAGUUGCUCGCAAUCACACAGGGAUAUCCUAUGCUGAACUUAGAUAUGAUGUUCCUUCCAAUAUUAAUUCAGUUUGUUCUGAAUCUACUGCAACUGUGAACUCCUCUGAAUGUAAACGUCUAGCUAAUGAAAACAAUGAGGCGGACUCAGCUAUUCAUAAAGGAGGUACAAUUUUCUCUGUCACAGGUAACAGCAAACCCCCACUAAGGCGAGCUCCCACUGAAUAUGACUUGCCUCCCUUGCCAGCACCAAGAAAACCACAGGGAGAAAAAAAACUGUCUGAUCCUCCACCAGAAGAAAAAGAUAUACAGCUUCCUGUUAGAAACAGAUUACGUGAAAAUACAGACAGUAAUAAAGAAAACAGUGUAGACGAGGUCCAAGUCGAUCAUUUGGUUGCUAAGGGUUAUGACCGCUUACGUGUGGUGGAUGCAUUGCGAGUGGCCAGAAAUAAUUUACAUAUGGCAGAAGAAAUCCUUGAAACUUUUGUACGAUUAUGAGUGUAUACUUUUGUUGUUGUUGUUGUACCAAACAGAUAAGUGCUCAUUUCUAUAUAUUACUUGUACUUAAUGCAAGCAGUGUCAAUAGAGGCUUGCUUUGGUGCUCCAUUCACAGGAAAGACAAGCUGAUUGAAAUACAGCAUCCAGACUUUGCAAUUUAAAGACAUCAGUGUCUUAACAAUAUUUUUUUUUUUACAGAAAUGUAUUGCUUGUGUAACUUAACAUUUUUUGUU